GAGGAGUGCUGGUGGUGCUUUUCUGGUUUCGGACACAUCAACUGGGAAGUGUACGCCACCUUUGACAUCUUGCAAGGUUUGAUAAAAGUAUGAGCGAUAUAGGCCUACAUUACAUGGUAAGUUGUUUCACGCUGUACCGCCGUGACCACAUAAACUUGAAACAUUGUUGACACACAGCACACGCGCCGGUGUCAUUACCUCAUCAAUGAAAUUGUGUAGCCUAACUAGUAAUGUUACUUUUGACCUAUUCUAAAAUUCGAACUAUUUUUCUGACUCAAUCGACGCGCAAUUUGUGUGGCCCGAAAGAAUGUCGCGUAAACAUGCCAAUGGAAAUGCCUCAUAAAGGUGCGAAAUUCUUAUGUGGCGCCAGUUGAAGCCGGUGUUUAGUUAGGCUAAUGUGCAGUGUUAGCCUAGCGCAAGGGUUCCCAAACUUUUUUGCGUCGGUGAUUACUUUUGUGAUAACAAAUUCAUCAGGGACCCCCUCAUAAUAUCAGAACACAAGUCCUACUUUAGAGUGCGAUAGAAAAAUGCAUACAAACAGUUUCUGCAGUGUAUGGCCAGACUAAUGACGUUUCGGACCCUGGGAAAGAACAUUUUAAAAUGUUGGCAUUAGUGAGAAAAUGUUGCAGUUUUAAAACUAAUUUCCUGCAAUUCUACACACUUUGCCUUGGGCAGAGAGAACAUUUAGCAGUUUAAAGCUAAAAUAACUGUGUAUUUAUGUUCAAAACAACAUUUUUGGGGAAUACAAUAAGAGUUUAGUUGUAAAAAUAUUUAUCAUUGUGGGCGUACUGUGGAUACCAAUAUCCUUGUGAGCCUCCUUGGCCCAUAUGUAGGCUAUCAUUCAUAAAACAGCAACCAAACAUGAUAUGAUGCAGCAUAGCUAUUGUCACCUAGCCUCUUUUCUACUCUGGAGUGUGCUUGGGUUUUGUUCAGUAGGUUUGUAGGCUGGUCCAUCUUGGACAUACUAUGCAUGUGAAUACAGGUUGCUAAAUUGGGUGUGCCCAUGUAUCUUGUGACUCAGCAGAGGUUCCGAAGGGAUUAGUGAUGAAAUUGCAUCACAGCGCUCCUGAUUUGUCUGUAGUUGAGAAAUACCACCCACAAAUUCUUGAACCAGAUAAAGACCUAAGCUAUAGAACAUUUUCACCUUAUGUUUACACUGGCAACAUUAUUUUCCAGUGAUCUUAUUCAUUCAGUACAUGUUUCUUCUGGGAGAUUAAGUUGAACCCAUUGGAACAGUUUAAAAAUCGUUUUUGUGUAACUGCAGAAAUGACAAUAGUGGGGACUAAUCAUUAGGCUUGCUUCACUUAUAGUUGAAGUGACAGGGAUAAGAUCGACAGGGUUUAACACAUCUUCCAUGUUCACUCUGUUUAUCUAAAAGACCCACAUUCACAAUGUCUAGCAACUGAUGUCUCAUUUUCUACACAUCACAUUAAAUGGCCUAUUAGUAAUCAAUCAUAUCUCAAUAGUUAAGUGAGAGUGAUUUUAUGAGCCAUCUUCAAUAUUGGCAGUUGUGGAAAUCCCCUUUUAUUGCUACCACUCUUCUGGUGUAGCUGACCUUUGUAAGCAUUUCACUGUUAGUCGACACCUGUUGUUUACGAAGCAUGUGACAAAUAACACUUGAUUUGUAGUUGUUUUGAUAGAGCAUCAGUGGUGUGAUCAAGAAUGCAAUUAUAUUGUUCCUGUUAUAAUAGCUACAGUACCAGUCAAAAGUUUGGACACACCAACUCAUUCAAGGGUUUUUCUUUAGUUUUACUAUUUUCUACAUUGUAGAAUAAUAGUGAAGACAUCAAAACUAUGAAAUAACACAUAUGGAAUCAUGUAGUAACCCAAAAAAGUAUUAAACAAAUCAAAAUAUAUUUUAUAUUUGAGAUUCUUCAAAGUAGCCACCCUACGAAGUAGGAGAGUGAUGGAGUGCUGCAUCAGAUGACCUGGCCUCCACAAUCACCCGACCUCAACCCAAUUGAGAUGGUUUGGGAUGAGUUGGACCGCAGAGUGAAGGAAAAGCAGCCAACAAGUGCUCAGCAUAUGUGGGAACUCCUUCAAGACUGUUGGAAAAGCAUUCCAGGUUAAGCUGGUUGAGAGAAUGCCAAGAGUGUGCAAAGAUGUCAUCAAGGCAAAGGGUGGCUAUUUGAAGAAUCUUAAAUAUAAAAUAUAUUUUGAUUUGUUCAACACUUUUUUUGGUUACUACAUGAUUCCAUAUGUGUUAUUUCAUAGUUUUGAUGUCUUCACUAUUAUUCUACAAUGUAGAAAAUAGUAAACAUACCUUUGAAUGAGUAGGUUUGUCCAAACUUUUGACUGGUACUGUAAGUGUUGUAAAGUAUUUCAUUUGAACAAGGAGCUCUGUAUGUACAAAGAUGAGGAAAUUGCUUGACAAACAAGGUUUGGAUGAUCUCAAAGACAUUCUGGGAUUAUUUUCUUGCCCUUCUCUAGUUAGUCAUUAAUAUGGACCUUUUUGAAGAUAUUCCCUUGAAGGGGAAGUGAUUAAUGUCAGGACAAUGUCAUAUUGUGAGGAAAGAAAGACCUAGGUUUAUGUACCAAAUGGCACGCUAUUCCCUACUUUUGACCAGAGCCCUCUAAAGUAGUGCACUAUAUAGGGAAUAGGGUGCCAUUUGGGAUUCACACCUACCUCUACAAUGGUCAGUUCCUCACCAACUUUGGUUACACUUUGCUUAGAUGUUAUGGGUGUCUAAAGUAAGCAACGGGAACUGGAUAACAAUGUUUUUCAUGUGUGCUUCAUCUUUAUCUAAGGUUGUCCUCCUAAUCUGGGCCCUCAGCCCUACGGUGGCAGAUCAGUCUGGUCUAGAGUUGACACGGACAGGAGGCAGAGACCGAAACAUGACACAGCGGGACAUCUCAUGCCGGGAAAACCUGGAGUACCCACAUGACAACAUCUGCUGUUUAAACUGCCUAGCUGGUGAGCCAAAUUGAUAUUUAAGAUUCACAGUCUACUGAGACCAGUGUAUGCACUUGAAAUGGUACACUACUUUUGACCAGAGCCCAAUGGGCCCUGGCCAAAAGAAGUGAACUAUAUAGUGAAUAGGGUGCUAUUUGUGAUGCAACGAGUGUCACAAGUCGAAAUCCAUCAUGGAAACUACUGGCGCAACUUUGGCCUUGUAUUGACUACGGUUAUACAACUACAGUAAUGAAUAUUCAGUGUUAAGUGUCUGCUGUAUGUACACCUGUUUGGAUAGCCCAGUAACUGUUGUUUCUCUAUGGCCUCAGGUACAUAUGUCAAAGCGUACUGCACGCGUACCUUGGAGAGAGGAACAUGUGAGGCCUGUGACAUUGACACAUACACUGAACAUGACAACGGACUACGACAGUGCUUAAAGUGCACCGAGUGUCGCUCAGGUAAUUCUGUUUAAUGAGUUAGCCCUUUUCAAAUUCAAUAUGAUCCAUUAGAAUGAAUGACAAAUUAAAUGGCUGACCUUCAAGGCUCCGAUCUAUCCCAUUUCAGAUAUUUGUGUCUUUAACAUGACAAACUCUGUAUUUUCCUCUCACAGAUCAGGUGACUAUGAAGGCAUGCACCAUCACUCAGGACAGAGAGUGCCAGUGUAAACCAGGGUUAUUCUGUGCCCCUGACGAAGCCUGCGAGGUGUGCAAAAAGUGCUUACGGUAUGUCCAGAGAAUGUGAGCUUACACGCUGAUGCUCUCAAACUAAAUCUAGCCUCCAUUUUUACUUCAUUAGAUUGUUGUAAAGACGUUAUUGCACAGUGGUGAAUAGCCUUCUUUUUUAUUUAUCAAUUACAAAAUCAAUUAAAACUGGGUUAAUAUGGCUUGGAAUUAUAUUUUGUUGAAACCCCCAUUAUCUCAGAUGUAAAGAGAAUGAGGUGAGGGUGAAGAAUUGCACCACUACGUCCAACACGGUCUGUAAGACCAGAAUGCCCACAUCCAGCACCGUCUCAGGUAUAACACCAGGCCCAGGUUCAGCAGACAAUACCUUGCUGCAUGCUCUGUUGUCUCCUGUUAUUACUGUGGAUUGGGAUUUUGUGUGUUAACACAAUAGAAUAUUAUGAAUGUUGCAUGUAUUUGGAAAAUGACGUUUUGAAUUUCAAGGGGCAAUCUGGUCACCUUGCCACUUAUUUGGUAAACAGCGGAGGGAUGGGGUUGUGACAUUAAACAUUAAUUUCUCUCGAUUGAAACAGCCGGUGUUAUUGUGAUUGUGGUGGCAGUACUGGGUAUCACUGCUGCAAUUGUCGGUGUCUAUUGGAAGAGGCGAAAGUGCUGUAAAAGGAGAGGUAAGGUCAUUUUAUAACAAAUAAAUACCUUUGAUCAUUCAAAAGUGAAGGCUCAGGGUGCCUUCCAAAUGGCACCCUAUUCCCUAUAAGCCCUGGUCAAAAGUAGUGCACUAUAAAGGUAAUAGGGUGCCAAUCAGAGAGCACAGAGCCUCAAAGCUCACUGCGUUAGCAGAGAUGCACUUAAAGCUGUCAACAGAACAUGUCAAUAUUGUACCUAAAAGUUAAGGGCCCUCUCUGAUUCAUACGUCAUCUGUUCCAGACUCCCAGAACACUCCCAGUGAGACGCUGAAGAUUGUGGUGGUGAGUCAGUCGGUCUCAUUCAAAAGUUAUUUUCACAUUCACCGUGUCAGACGCAAUAGGGCUGAUCCCAACUUAGGAAUUUGUCAUUCCUACGCACGCCUUUCCUAUGCACUUCUCAGUAUUUGGUAUUCAGACUUGCCUUAUUCAGUCGCAUAACACGCUCUGCAGGUGGGGCUACCUUGCGCGUUCUGAAUACAUCUAAUUCAACUGCUGAAAACCCUCCCACUUGCUGGCCUACAGAUUUUCUUGUGGAGUUUUCAUUCAAUGGGGUUUUCAGUACAUUCAUAAGCCACCCCUUUAAAUACGGUGCACCUUUUAAUUCGAAUUUUGUCGACAGACUCAACAGAAUACAUAGAGAGAACAGGUUAUGAGAGCACGCAAUACAUGUCAUGUUGAUAUGAUUUUCAGUUUGCUUCCAUAUGGCUGGUUUCAUAUUCAUCUCCAAGGAUCAUUAAGGGAAAAUCAUCUAAAACAAUUGCUAUGUGUAUUUAAAAUCCCCUUCUCCAAACUGAUUACUCAUUUACCUAGCUCUUAUCAAUAGAUCUUAUCAAGUUGUAAAUUACAGUGCAUGGAAAAUUGUUAUUUCUAUCUGGAAAAAAAUUAAGUAGAUGCUUUUUCCACUUGGAACCAGUAGGUUCGCUAGACCUUAUUCAUGGUUUCCUCACGUGUAAAGGUGGUGGAAUUAAGUCAAGGUCAGAAUACGGAGUAUCUGUAGACACACCUCCGCCACACCUUCAUUUAUUCGACUCCACCUCAAAUGAAUAGUGGGUGAAUAGCAUGCUAUUCUGAUGCUUAAGUUCAAGGUCAGAAUACGCAUAGAGAGAAAAGUGCAUAAAAAGGCAAUUACGUUACAUUUACGUGUGCUUAACUCUGGUCGGAGUCUGGGCCAAUCAGCACCGCAUAUCGAUUUAUUAAUUCUGAUAAAAUUACUCAGAUGAGCUGAUGGAAUUACACCACUUUGUGAAAACAUGGCGAACUGCAUAAGUGAACAAUUGUGCUUCAUUAGACUACAUAUCAUUUUUCAUACAGUGGGGGGAAAAAAGUAUUCAGUCAGCCACCAAUUGUGCAAGUUCUCCCACUUAAAAAGAUGAGAGAGGCCUGUAAUUUUCAUCAUAGGUACAUGUCAACUAUGACAGACAAAUUGAGAAUUUUUUUCUCCAGAAAAUCACAUUGUAGGAUUUUUAAUGAAUUUAUUUGCAAGUUAUGGUGGAAAAUAAGUAUUUGGUCACCUACAAACAAGCAAGAUUUCUGGCUCUCACAGACCUGUAACUUCUUCUUUAAGAGGCUCCUCUGUCCUCCACUCGUUACCUGUAUUAAUGGCACCUGUAUGAACUUGUUAUCAGUAUAAAAGACACCUGUCCACAACCUCAAACAGUCACACUCCAAACUCCACUAUGGCCAAGACCAAAGAGCUGUCAAAGGACACCAGAAACAAAAUUGUAGACCUGCACCAGUUUGGGAAGACUGAAUCAGCAAUAGGUAAGCAGCUUGGUUUGAAGAAAUCAACUGUGGGAGCAAUUAUUAGGAAAUGGAAGACAUACAUGACCACUGAUAAUCUCCCUUGAUCUGGGGCUCCACGCAAGAUCUCACCCUGUGGGGUCAAAAUGAUCACAAGAACGGUGAGCAAAAAUCCCAGAACCACACGGGGGGACCUAGUGAAUGACCUGCAGAGAGCUGGGACCAAAGUAACAAAGCCUUCCAUCAGUAACACACUACGCCGCCAGGGACUCAAAUCUUGCAGUGCCAGACGUGUCCCCCUGCUUAAGCCAGUACAUGUCCAGGCCCGUCUGAAGUUUGCUAGAGUGCAUUUGGAUGAUCCAGAAGAGGAUUGGGAGAAUGUCAUAUGGUCAGAUGAAACCAAAAUAUAACUUUUUGGUAAAAACUCAACUCGUCGUGUUUGGAGGACAAAGAAUGCUGAGUUGCAUCCAAAGAACACCAUACCUACUGUGAAGCAUGGGGGUGGAAACAUCAUGCUUUGGGGCUGUUUUUCUGCAAAGGGACCAGGACGACUGAUCCGUGUAAAGGAAAGAAUGAAUGGGGCCAUGUAUCGUGAGAUUUUGAGUGAAAACCUCCUUCCAUUGAAGAUGAAACGUGGCUGGGUCUUUCAGCAUGACAAUAAUCCCAAACACACCGCCUGGGCAACGAAGGAGUGGCUUCGUAAGAAGCAUUUCAAGGUCCUGGAGUGGCCUAGCCAGUCUCCAGAUCUCAACCCCAUAGAAAAUCUUUGGAGGGAGUUGAAAGUCCGUGUUGCCCAGUGACAGCCCCAAAACAUCACUGCUCUAGAGGAGAUCUGCAUGGAGGAAUGGGCCAAAAUACCAGCAACAGUGUGUGAAAACCUUGUGAAGACCUACAGAAAACAUUUGACCUGUGUCAUUGCCAACAAAGGGUAUAUAACAAAGUAUUGAGAAACUUUUGUUAUUGACCAAAUACUUAUUUUCCACCAUAAUUUGCAAAUAAAUUCAUUAAAAAUCCUACAAUGUGAUUUUCUGGAAAGAAAAUUCUCAUUUUGUCUGUCAUAAUUGACGUGUACCUAUGAUAAAAAUUACAGGCCUCUCUCAUCUUUUUAAGUGGGAGAACUUGCACAAUUGGUGGCUGACUAAAUACUUUUUUUCCCCACUGUAUCUUGUAGGAUGAUCAAAACAACAGGUCAAUUGAGGAGAGGCAGAACAACCGAAGUGCUGUGUCGGAUGACACACGGCUCCAUCCCUUGCUGGAGGUGACCCAGGCGGUGGGUGCCAAAGCUUCCUCAGCCACUGAGGAUGAGGACAAUGGACUGGGCGACAGCCUCCACAACACCACCAACUCCUCCCAGUCCAGUUUGUCUGCACUACCCUCAGCCCCCUUCCCCAGAUACUCCCCGCUUUCCAGCCCUUCGGUCAAGAGGCAGCCUGACAAUGCGGCUAGGGUGAGAGCAGCAGUACAGGGCAUGCUCAUGCUAACCUAACCCUUUUCUUCCCUCAAGCUCUUUUCUAACCACAUCUUCAUUGUUUCUUUAGAACUCACAUCCUAUUCUGGAUCUGGUCUUACUUCCUGUUCAUCUUUCUUUUCUCUGCUCAAUAUACAGUGCAUUCGGAAAGUAUUCAGACCCCUUGACUUUUUCCACAUUUUGUUACGUUAGCCUUAUUCUAAAAUUGAGUACAUAAUUUUUUCCCCUCAUCAAUCUACACACAAUACCCCGUAAUGACAAAGCGAAAACAGGUUUUAAGAAAUGUUUGCAAAUGUAUUACAAAUAAAAUCAUACCUUAUUUACAUAAUAAUAAUAUGCCAUUUAACAGACGCUUUUAUCCAAAGUGACUUACAGUCAUGUGUGCAUACAUUUUUACGUAUGAGUGGUCCCGGGAAUCGAACCCACUACCCUGGCGUUACAAGCACCAUGCUCUACCAAUUGAGCUACAGAGGACCACAUCAUAAGUAUUCAGACCCUUUGCUAUGAGACUCGAAAUUGAGCUCAGGUGCAUCCUGUUUCCAUUGAUCAUCCUUGAGAUGUUUCUACAACUUGAUUGGAGUCCACCUGUGGUAAAUUCAAUUGAUUGGACGUGAUUAGAAAGGCACACACCUGUCUAUAUAAGGUCCCACAGUUGACAGUGCAUGUCAGAGCAAAAUCCAAGCCAUGAGGUUGAAGGAAUUGUCCGUAGUACUCCGAGACAGGAUUGUGUCGAGGCACAGAUCUGGGGAAGAGUAUCAAAACAUUUCUGCAGCAUUGAAGGUCCACAAGAACACAGUGGCCUCCAUCAUUCUUAAAUGGAAGAAGUUUGGAACCACCAAGACUCUUCCUAGACCUGGCCUCCCGGCCAAACUGAGCAAUCUGGGGAGAAGGGCCUUGGUCAGGGAGGUGACCAAGAACCUGAUGGUCAUUCUGAUAGAGCUCCAGAGUUCUUCUGUGGAGUACUCCACCAAUCAGGCCUUUUAUGGUAGUGGCCAGAUGGAAGCCACUCCUCAGUAAAAGGCACAUGACAGCCCUGCUUGGAGUUUGGCAAAAGGCACCUAAAGGACUCUGACCAUCAGAAACAAGAUUCUCUGGUCUGAUGAAACCAACAUUUGGCCUGAAUGCCAAAUGUGUCACGUCUGGAGGAAGCCUGGCACCAUCCCUACGGUGACGCAUGGUGGUGGCAGCAUCAUGCUGUGGGGAUGUUUUUCAGCGGCAGGGACUGGGAGACUAGUCCGGAUCGAGGACAAGAUGAACGGAGCAAAGUAGAGAGAGAGAUCCUUGAUGAAAAGCUGCUCCAGAGCACUCAGGACCUCAGACUGGGGUGAAGGUUCACCUUCCAACAGGACAAAGACCCUAAGCACACAGCCAAGACAACGCAGGAGUGGCUUCAGGACAAGUCUCUGAAUGUCCUUGAGUGGCCCAGACAAAGCCCGGACUUGAACCUGAUCGAACAUCUCUGAAGAGACCUGAAAAUAGCUGUGCAGCGACGCUCCCCAUCCAACCUGACAGAGCUUGAGAGGAUCUGCAGAGAAGAAUGGGAGGAACUCCCCAUAUACAGGUGUGCUAAGCUUGUAGCGUCAUACCCAAGAAGAUGUGUAAAAACUGCCUAGUAAGUCUACAUCAAGAUGGAUGGUGGAAAGGGAGUAGCACUACUUCAAAAUGGGACACGGUUCUUUGGGUUCCAUUUGCCCGUGAGAGUAAUUAUGAAUUGGGUGAACUAAUGCUAUAUACAUCAGACUGUGGCUUUUAGCAAACGGUAAGUACAGUGGGGAAAAAAAGUAUUUAGUCAGCCACCAAUUGUGCAAGUUUUCCCACUUAAAAAGAUGAGGCCUGUAAUUUUCAUCAUAGGUACACGUCAACUAUGACAGACAAAUUGAGGAAAAAUAAUCCAGUAAAUCACAUUUGUAGGAUUUUUAAUGAAUUCAUUUGCAAAUUAUGGUGGAAAAUAAGUAUUUGGUCACCUACAAACAAGCCAGAUUUCUGGCUCUCACAGACCUGUAACUCCUUCUUUAAGAGGCUCCUCUGUCCUCCACUCGUUACCUGUAUUAAUGGCACCUGUUUGAACUUGUUAUCAGUAUAAAAGACACCUGUCCACAACCUCAAACAGUCACACUCCAAACUCCAUUAUGGCCAAGACCAAAGAGCUGUCAAAGGACACCAGAAACAAAAUUGUAGACCUGCACCAGGCUGGGAAGACUGAAUCUGCAAUAGGUAAGCAGCUUGGUUUGAAGAAAUCAACUGUGGGAGCAAUUAUUUGGAAAUGGAAUCUGGGGCUCCACGCAAGGUCUCACCCCGUGGGGUCAAAAUGAUCACAAGAACGGUGAGCAAAAAUCUCAGAACCACACGGGGGGACCUAGUGAAUGACCUGCAGAGAGCUGGGACCAAAGUAACAAAGCCUACCAUCAGUAACACACUACGCCGCCAGGGACUCAAAUCCUGCAGUGCCAGACGUGUCCCCCUGCUUAAGCCAGUACAUGUCCAGGCCCGUCUGAAGUUUGCUAGAGUGCAUUUGGAUGAUCCAGAAGAGGAUUGGGAGAAUGUUAUAUGGUCAGAUGAAACCAAAAUAUAACUUUUUGGUAAAAACUCAACUCGUCGUGUUUGGAGGACAAAGAAUGCUGAGUUGCAUCCAAAGAACACCAUACCUACUGUGAAGCAUGGGGGUGGAAACAUCAUGCUUUGGGGCUGUUUUUCUGCAAAGGGACCAGGACGACUGAUCCGUGUAAAGGAAAGAAUGAAUGGGGCCAUGUAUCGUGAGAUUUUGAGUGAAAACCUCCUUCCAUCAGCAAGGGCAUUGAAGAUGAAACGUGGCUGGGUCUUUCAGCAUGACAAUGAUCCCAAACACACCGCCCGGGCAACGAAGGAGUGGCUUCGUAAGAGGAAUUUCAAGGUCCUGGAGUGGCCUAGCCAGUCUCCAGAUCUCAACCCCAUAGAAAAUCUUUGGAGGGAGUUGAAAGUCUGUGUUGCCCAGCGACAGCCCCAAAACAUCACUGCUCUAGAGGAGAUCUGCAUGGAGGAAUGGGCCAAAAUACCAGCAACAGUGUGUGAAAACCUUGUGAAGACUUACAGAAAACGUUUGGCCUGUGUCAUUGCCAACAAAGGGUAUAUAACAAAGUAUUGAGAAACUUUUGUUAUUGACCAAAUACUUAUUUUCCACCAUAAUUUGCAAAUAAAUUCAUAAAAAAUCCUACAAUGUGAUUUUCUGGAGAAAAAAAAUCUCAUUUUGUCUGUCAUAGUUGACGUGUACCUAUGAUGAAAAUGACAGGCCUCUCUCAUCUUUUUAAGUGGGAGUACUUGCACAAUUGGUGGCUGACUAAAUACUUUUUUUCCCCACUGUAACUACAGUGCAUUUGGAAAGUAUUCAGAUUCCUGAGCCUUAUUCUAAAAUGGAUUAAAUUGUUUUUUCCCCCCUCAUCAAUCUACACACAAUACCCCAUAAUGACAAAACAAAAAACAGGUUUUUGGAAUUUUUGCAAAUGUAUAUAAAAAAAAUUACUUUAAUAUUUUACAUUUUUAGCAGACGCUCUUAUCCAGAGCGACUUACAGUUAGUGAGUGCAUACAUUAUUUUUUAUUUUUCAUACUGGCCCCCCGUGGGAAUCGAACCCACAACCCUGGCGUUGCAAACGCCAUGCUCUACCAACUGAGCUACAUCCCUGCCGGCCAUUCCCUCCCCUACCCUGGGCCAAUUGUGCGCCGCCCCAUGGGUCUCCCGGUCGCUGCCGGCUACGACGGAGCCUGGAUUCUAACCAGGAUCUCUAGUGGCACAGCUAGCACUGCGAUGCAGUGCCUUAGACCACUGCGCCACUCGGGAGGUUAAUAUCACAUUUACAUAAAUAUUCAGACCCUUUAUUCAACCUUUGUUGAAGCACCUUUGGCAGCGAUUACAGCCACUUGUUUUUGAAGAUUUAAUUAACCAUUGCUAGUGGCCAGGCCCAAGCACAUAAAUGUGACUUAUAGAUGCACAUGCAGGGUUGAGGAAGGGACGGAAUAAGGCCAGAGACAAGAAGCCCAGAGCUGGUGUUGAGGUCCUUCACCUCCUGCACGGCCCUUCAAUAGCCAACUUCAGAGCUAGUGCAAGGGCCUCAUUUAGGAGCCUGACUUAUAAUUUAUGACUGACCAUGUUUCUUUUUUUAAAUCUUUCUAGGAAGAUGUCCUUCUCAGAAAACUUGCUCCUUUGAAUGGUGAGAGUAUACCCUCUAUAUUUUAUGGAUUUAGACUAGUUAACAUACAAACAAUAUUUAGCCUUGUCUAUGACCCACUCUGCUGUUCUCCAUAUUUUCGUUGAUUAAGAUUAUAAUACAGGACAGCACGGUGGGCUUUGAUGUCAUGGUCUUGACAUGCCUUUUUUAUUUUAGGUGACGAGUCCUUGAAGAAAUGUUUUGAACUUUUUGAAGAGCUGGACGUUUACUACCAUAACAGAUUCUUCAGGCACAUUGGACUCAGUGACAACGCUAUAAAAAGCGCUGCACACCUUCAUCCUGAAGACCGAGUCUAUGAACUGUUGAAAGUAUGGUUGGAAAAGGUGGGCAUGCAAGCUGACAUGAAUGACCUAAUCAAAGCCUUACUUUAUUUGGACCAAAAGUUAUCAGCAGAAAAUAUUAUUUCUAAAGCCAUUGAAAAUGGUUUUUAUGAAUAUGCAGUAAAUGAAUAUGCAGAAAAUAAAAAGUGAAUGUACACGUUACAGCCUUAUUCUAAAAUGGAUUAAAAAAAUUUAAAAUCCUCAUCAAUCUACACACAACCCCAUAAUGACAAAGCGAAAUCAGGUUUUUAGAAAUGUUUGCACAUUUAUUACAAAUAAAAAAACUGAUACGCAAAUAAGGUAAGUAUUCAGACCCUUUGCUAUGAGACUCAAUUGAGCUCAGGUGCAUCCUGUUUCCAUUGAUCAUCCUUGAGAUGUUUCUACAACUUAAUUGGAGUCCACCUGUGGUAAAUUCAAUUGAUUGGACAUGAUUUUGAAAGGCACACACCUGUCUAUAUAAGGUCCCACAGUUGACAGUGCAUGUCAAAGCAAAAACCUAGCCAUGAGGUCGAAGGAAUUGUGCGUAGAGCUCCGAGACAGGAUUGUGUCGAGGCACAAAUCUGGGGAAGGGGUACCAAACCAUUUAUGCAGCAUUGAAGGUCCCCAAGAACAAUGUGGCCUCCAUCAUUCUUAAAUCGAAGAAGUUUGGGACCACCAAGACUCUUCCUAGAGCCAGCCACCCGGCCAAACUGAGCAAUCGGGGAAGAAGGGCCUUGGUCAGGGAGGUGACCAAAACCCAAUGGUCACUCUCACAGUGCUCCAGAGUUCCUCUGUGGAGAUGGGAGAACCUUUCAGAAGGACAACGGUCUCUGCAGCACUCCACCAAUCAGGCCUUUUAUGGUAGAGGGGCCAGGCGGAAGCCACUCCUCAGUAAAAGGCACAAGACAGCCUGCUUGGAGUUUGCCAAAUGGCGCCUAAAGGACUCUGGUCUGAUGAAACCAAGAUUGAACUCUUUGGCCUGAAUGGCAAGCGUCACGUCUGGAGGAAGCCUGGCACCAUCCCUACGGUGAAGCAUGGUGGUGGCAGCAUCAUGCUGUGGGGAUGUUUUUCAGUGGCAGGGACUGGGAGACUAGUCAGGAUCGAGGGAAAGAUGAACGGAGCAAAGUGCAGAGAGAUCCUUGAUGAAAACCUGCUCCAGAGUGCUCGGGACCUCAGACUGGGGCGAAGGUUCACCUUCCAACAGGACAACGACCCUAAACACACAGCCAAGACAACGCAGGAGUGGCUUCGGGACAAGUCUCUGAAUGUCCUUGAGUGGCCCUGCCAGUCCCCGGACUUGAACCCGGUCUUACAUCUCUGGAGAGACCUGAAAAUAACUGUGCAGCGACGCUCCCCAUCCAACCUGACAGAGCUUGAGAGGAUCUGUAGAGAAGAAAGAGAGAAGCUUCCCAAAUACAGGUGUGCCAAACUUGUAGCCCCAUACCCAAGAAGACUUGAGGCUGUAAUCGCUGCCAAAGGUGCUUCAACAAAGUACUGAGGAAAAGCUCUGAUCACAUGUAAAUGUGAUAUUUCAGUUUUCUAUUUUUAAUACAUUUCCAACAAUUUCUAAAACCCAGUUUUUGCUUUGUCAUUGUGGGGUAUUGUGUGUAGAUUGAUGAGGGGAAAAAAACAAUUUAAUCAAUUUUAGAAUAAGGCUGUAACGUAACAAAAUGUGGAAUAAGUCCAGGUCUAAAUACUUUCUGAAUGCACUGUAUGUCCCUGCUUCUAGGGAGUUCUGGGGAAAAUACCCAAAAUACACAGACAUGUACAGUAGGAGUCGUAACUGAGCUAUAUGUGUGUGGUUAAAUGAUCUACGGUACCUGCUGUGACAGGCCUAUUGUCUGGCUGUUGAAUAAUUCCCUCUGCAGUUUCACACAGUGAACUGGUAGGUUAUGGACAGGCUAGCGACUGUAGAGCUCCUGGGUGUUGAGUGAACACUGUCUACUGUAGGAGGAGGGAAGAAUAUACACUGGAUGUAGUUUACUCUGCUUUAGUGCAUGUAGUGGUCAGGCCAUCAUGGAUCAGGGCAUGGACCAUCCUGAAUGUAAUUUAAACACCAGAGCUGCUUCCUAAAUGGCACUGUUUUCCCUUUAUAGUGCACUACUUUUGACUAGGGCUCUGGUAAUGCACUAUAUAUAAAUACGGUGCCAUUUCGGAUACACCCCAGUGGGUUGUGUCUUGAUGAUUCAGCAAAGUAUGUAUAGCAUUGUUGUAUUUAUUUUUUUACAAUUUUUUUAAGGACUGGUUAA